AUGGAGCUUCGACCAGGUUUCUUGCUCUCUCCUCUUUCAUUUCUUUUGCUUUCUGUGACGAGCCAUGUUCGAGAGAGAACAGACAAAUCCGACACAGAUCCCACACCCACACCCGUGUCGUGUCGUGUCGAUACAGUGGACAUGAUUAAACCUGAUGCCACUAUAAUUCUACGCAAUGCAAAGAUCGACAUGUUUAAAGUGGACAUGAUGAAACCUGAUGCCACUAUAAUUCUACGCAAUGCAAAGAUCGACAUGUUUAAAGGUUCAAUGAGGCUUGCGGUGGACAAGUGGGGUCGUGUGGAAGUAACUGAACCGGCAAGCUUCAUCGUUAAAGAGGAUAAUAACCUGUCAUUGGUUGAAUAUGAACUAGUCAAUGUGGUGGAAGAGUGGCUCGUGCAAAUGUAA